AUGGCGUCGCCGUUGUCUGAGAUUCCCGAGGACGUGCUACACCUCAUCAUCGACGGCCUCGUUUCCUCCACUGAUCGGCGUGGCCUCGUCUCCACGGCGUGGUCUGGACUACGCCGGCUCCUCCACUUCUCCGAUGGCUUCGAGGCGGCGCGCCGUGCCCGACACUCGGCCUCUGCUGAUCGCGCUCGCUUCCGCGCCGUGUGUCGUUCGUGGCACUUGGCUAUGAGUCGGCACGUUCCGGCUCCAAGGCAGAUCCCCUGGAUUGUCAUGUCCGCGCGCAUCUUCCUCACACCUUCGGACGCCGCCGGCACCUCGCCCGCGCGCAUCCCCUCCUUGCCCAGGAACGCGAGAUGCGUGGCCUCGGCUGAUAGUUGGCUCCUCCUCGAUCGCACGGAUGUCAGGAAGAAGACGCAUAGCUACUUCUUGCAUGAUCCCUUCACCAACACGACUGUGCCGCUCCCAGAGCUUGACGCUGUGAUCGGCCAUGCUUCUGAGCUUUUCGGGGUCCACAAACUGCGUAUGCGGACGACCCCUUACGACAUCAUAGUCGUCAUGACCAAUAAUUGGAAUUAUCCUAUCAUCUUGAUCCGGCCAGGGAAAGGUGUGUGGUUGCCUAAGCCACAAAGUGCUCCCUUCAUCUACAUCGUCGACACUGCAUUUCUUGGAGACAAGCUAUAUGGAAUCACUCACGCCGAGGAUCUUGUCUCUUUUGGUAUAGAUAUCGACAACAAAGGCGUACCCACCAUCACAACUAUCGAGCGCCUCAUCAGGCACCCACCGGAAAAUUAUUGGUUCAACGUGUGGAGCGAUGAUAAUGGAAAUUUUGACUCCGCGAACAAUGAUACGGGAAAUAUAGAUGAGGUCGCCAAUAAUGAGGAACAGAGCAAAGAGGACACCAUAGAGCAACGCCGGAAGAAAACCGGCGAUGACAUGAUUCUUGAAGGCGUUACUCCUUGGUGGGAUGAUGAGGAUGAAGUUAGGGACCACUGGUACUUAGUCGAGUCAUGUGGAAAACUAUUAAUGGUGAUACGACAAGUUCGAGUGCCUCCCUAUAAUAUCAGCUUCACUCUCAAGGUAGAUGUUUAUGAGGCGGAUGCCUGCAAAGGUGCCCACUGCUGGGUGCCGAUUGUUGGUGGGCUAGGCAGCCAAACGCUUUUCAUCAGCAGAUUUUUCUGCAAGUCUAUUUCAACUUGUGAUGAGGCGGACCAAGAUGCUAUUCAUUUUAUCGACACGGGGAAGAAAUACAACAUGAAGUCACAAACUAUGAGCAAGACAUGGAGGGACAUUGAAUACUUUGAUUCCAUGUGGAUCUUUUCUCCCGAGCUAGUGGUUUAA